UAAUCGAAUCGAAACUGAAGUUAGUAACGUUUCAAAUGUCAACUGUGUGGGUACAACAGCACUCCAAUUUCAAUAUUUCGAACGCACUUUUGAAAAGUACAUCCGAACAUUUCACUAAAAACGUGUUCACUGUAGAUUUUAUGAUAAACAUCGAGCUUGGGUGCUUAAAAGCAUUGUUAAGAAAUGUCAGAGAUAAGAUGUUGUGUAACCCGGAAGCUCUGUCAUAACCAAAAAAGAAAAACAUGUUUUCAAAAAUAUGGCAUGUGAAAAGCUUUUUUGAUUCACGUGGACUGUAGGCCCGAAAUAAUAGGUAUCGUCCGUGGUAGUAAUAUAUAAACUUCAGCCACCAUAGAAUUUGUGGAAAAUGGGUAUUCGAGGACUAACAACUUACAUUGCAAGGCAUUCGGAUCAGUACCUUGAGCCCUAUGAAUUACAUGAUACAUAUUUAGUCAUCGAUGGUAACAGCAUAGCGUCUCAAUUGUACAACUGGCAUGCACGCUGUAACUGUGCAUUUGGAGGUGAUUAUGACCAGUAUGCAAAAUGUGUUGAGGAAUUCUUUGACAAUCUAAUUAAGUGCAACGUCACUCCUUUAGUACUUGUUGAUGGAGGAUAUGAGAAUCAAAAGGUGAAGACAGUUUAUGCGCGUAUGAAAUCAAAAAUUCACAUAGCGUCCUAUUUCACACCUGUGCACAAGCUGAAAUUCUUUCCAAUAUUUAUGAAAGAAGUCUUCCGUGACGUGAUGGAUGAAAAGGGAAUCAAAUAUGCCCACUGUUCUUUUGAGGCUGAUGAUGAGAUUGCAGCGGUUGCUAGAAUUCUCGCUUGCCCAGUGCUCAGUUAUGACUCUGAUUUUUUUGUUUACGGAGUUUUGUACAUCCCCUUUGAUACCUUAGAUAAUGGUACCUGUAAGAAUCCAAAGAUCGGUGGAUUUGUCAGCAAAUGUAAAAUUUAUCGUGUUGAGAAGUUCUUGGAGAGCUUCGGAGGCUUGGACAGAUCUCUACUUCCCUUAUUGGCCACUCUACUUGGAAACGACUACAUCAGCCGGGGAGUAUUCAAGCAGUUCUUUCAAAAUUUGAAGCUUUCUAAGUUGACUAAAAAAAACUCAAAUGAACAACAACGCAGAAUUGCAGGGUUGUUGAACUGGCUGAAACCUUACACUUUAAACAGCGCUAUAGCUGGGGUUCUAAUGAGAAUACGACGACAAGACCGACGGAAAAUCUUGAAGAAAAUGGAAGCAGUAAUCGAUAGUUAUUUAAGUUCCUCGCCCAGGAUGCUGGUUCCACUUGGCUUCUCUGAAGAAUAUGUAGCAGAGGUGAAAUCGAAGAGACCCAGUCAACCUUUCAAAUUUCAAGGUGAUCUUGACAGUCUAGAAAUGGUAGAAGAAUCUAUAAUCAAUGAAGACUAUUCAGAAAGCAAUGACGACUCCCAAGAUGAUGAAGGAGAGGACGACUGCGAUUUGAUGCUCGAUGAUUUUGAUGAACCAGAUUAUGGGACAGACAAUCUUUUAUCUAAAAUUGCUCCACCAUGGUUCAUUCUCGAACAUAGCAAAGGUCAUUUCCCUUCAUAUUUUAUUGAUAUGAUGCAGCGUCAGUUGUAUUUUUGCCCACCUCAAAUAGAAGACUAUUUUUAUCCCUCGUCACACAUAGUGAGUUUAAGAAUAAUCAGUGUUAUCUUCACACUUUUAACAUCACGUAGGAGGGAUAUUGAUAAAAAUUUGGAGUAUGUGAUACGUAAUGAACAUAAACGGGCAACACGGUAUGAAUUAGUAUCAGGCAAAGAACUUUUUCCUCAUAAAUUACCAUCGCUAGAUGAAUUGAAUACUAUCUCCAUUACUCUAAAAAAAAGAAUAUUGACGCACACGUUGGGAAUUACCAAUGAUUUUAUUGCUGAUAAUGUUUUACCUGAGUGGAGAUUGUAUUUGGCUACUAUCAUUUAUUGGGUGCAACAAGAUCAUGAGCCUGUCGUGACCAAUUGCCACAUCUAUGCUCUAUUGUGUUCAAUGCUGUUUGGCAUUAUUGAUGAAAAGGUGGGAUUUUAUCGAUCGAAAGUAAAGUUUUCCAACAAAUACAGUGCCAGGAUUCAGAGUAUUCUUGAGAGGAGAAAAUCCACAAAAAGAGAAAAUGCUCAAUACGCAACAACUGAUAAUAUGAUAAUUGCUCAUCAAUCUAUUACAGAAGAAGACUGUAUCGUUGCAGCACCAUUUUUUAUCUCUAAUUUCAGUGUGGAUCCAAAGAACGGCUUUAAUUCAAAAGCAUUCAAUGUCACGGCUGUUCAUUCAUUUGCACAGUUUCAAACUUGUUUGAGGCAUAGCAUGCACCUCAAUGCUUUACUGGGAUACCCCUAUGCCGGGACAAAGGUAGCAAAAAUAUACAAUGGCACAUUGUUGUAUAACUUGUAUCACAACUUUAAGAAACGCAAUGAUAUUGUAGCGUACAUGAAUUGUAUGCUCAAGGAUUCCCCAACUUUGUCACAGCUCUUUACUACUCUUUCAAACUUUGUUAAAAUACCGUUAGCCAAAGUAUUAGAAAGGAAAGAAAACCAGAAACGUAAACGAAAAAGUAAAAACAAAUCGAAAAAAGUUAGCGAAGAUGAGUUUAUGAGCUGUAUCAGUGACGAUGAAAGCUCUGAUACGAAUCAACAAUUUAUGGAUGUUAACAAUCCGUUUUACCUCCUGAAUUCAAUCAACUAAGUUGUUUUUUGUAAUCGACAAGUGAUAGAUCUUCAUAGAUUUUAUCUUGUACAG